AUGGCAAACCCCGCCACGGAACUGGAUGGGUCUACCACAUUGUUUACACCGGCAGAUCCUGUCUCACCCGAAGCUUCUCCAAAACCGGCAACCAGCGCGACUUCAGUUGACUUUGAGCGCGGCAUUCGAGAGCGUUUGUCAUCGACUCAGCUAGAGGAAAGUCAGCCAAUACUUAAUUCGGUGCAAUCAUCACCAAUCGCCAACGUCGAUCGGCGCGAGGUAGAUCGUCAAACGUCUUCCAAUGAUGUCGUUGCUGCUGAGUUGGAGACCAAACAGCCGCAGAGGCUGCCAUAUCUACCACCUGGGACAAUCGAAACCAUACUUGAAGUUUUCAAGACCACUGCUGCUGGAAUAGAAAAGAAAUUAGAAGAAACCGGCAAUAGAUUGGACAAGAAAAUAGAAGAAACAAGUAAUAGUUUGGACAAGAAAAUAGAAGAAACCAGUAAUAGAUUGGACAAGAAAGUGGAAGAAAUGACCGCAAACUUUUUGCAACUCAAAAGUAACGUUGAGGAUUUACAUCGAAAAAUGGAUGAAAAACAAAUUGAAGCUAAGAAUUAUACAAAUGAACAAAUACAAACGGUGAGAAGUGAAUUUGGUGAAAGAAUUCUAAACCAACACCGGGAAAAUACUGAAGCAAAUGGUGAAUUGGAGAGCAAGAUUACCCAGGCCAAUGCUAAGCUAGCUCAGAAUGAUGUGAGGUUAGGUGAAUUGGAGGCUCAGCAAACAAAUCACACGGCCCAAAUAAACCAGCUGAGAGCAGAUGUCACACAGAAUUCAGCUGAAACUUUAAAUCCCGAAGUGUUAAGCGUCCAGAGGCUCUUGCGAAUCCACAAUAUGUACAAUGCCCUCCUACCUGCCGGACUGCGAAACAGCCGGAGAACCGGCGAAGUAGAGAAUGAGUGCCUCCGUCUGAUUUUCUCGCCGGAUCCGGUUUUCGCCGGCCGGCUGAAGUGUGUCCUUCUCCAUGACUUCCUGUGCAUUUUGAACUUCACACGGAAAAAAACCGUUCGUGUGUCUCCGGCCUAA